UCUGUGUGGCGUCAUCAUGCUGCGACGGAAGAAAAUGCAGUAAACUCACGUUGCUGAACUUAUGUGGUGUAUGUGUGGUCGGAAAGAAUUCAAUAUAUAAUGAAAAUGUUAUUCUAUUAGGGAAUUCGAUUAAAAGAAGAAAUUUGAAUACCUGUUACCGCAUUUGCUGCCUUGAUGUUUAUUAUAAGAAAAGCAUUUUUGGACAUAAGAACGACCGCCGGCCUACUUCUUAAAUAUUCAGCGACGACUCGGUGUCAAUGCUAUUCCAAUACAUGGGUUAAAAAUAUUUUUCCUCGGACUCUUUUUGUUAUAUCGCGGGCUAUGGCCUCUAAUACAAACAACAAUCAGAAACCGAGAGCGAAAAAACCCAAGCCUCCCAGAGACACCCUGCGACACGUGAAGAUCAAGGAACACCGAAAAAACGUUGACUUACACGGGGCUUCAACUGUAUACAUACAAGUAGUCGGAGCAGGCAGUCGAGAUAAUGGAGCAUCGCUGUACGUUUUCUCUGAGUACAACAGGUAUUUGUUCAACUGUGGAGAAGGGACCCAGAGGUUGAUGCACGAGCAUAAACUGAAAGCCUCUCGCCUAGACAACAUCUUUUUAACCAGGAUGAGCUACGAUAAUGUUGGCGGUUUAUGUGGUAUGAUACUGACGCUGAAAGACACGGGCGUUCCGGAGUGCGUUCUCUCAGGUCCGCCUCAGCUGGAGAAGUAUCUAAGUGCCAUUCGUGUCUUCUCCGGACCUCUAAAUGAAAUCAAAUUAGCUGUACGCCCCUACACUGAGCCGCAGUACUCUGACGAGACCAUGUCGGUCACUCAAGUACCCAUUUUUGCCAAGCCUGCAGGACGCCUGUCCCCCACCUGCCGCUCCCCAAGCCGGCGGUCCUCCCCCGGGGCCGAGCCGGCCGACGCUGGAGACGGCCCAGGAUCAGCAGUAACCAAAGACCCCGAUCUAGUCGUUGCCUUUAUUUGUAAGCUUAACCAGAAGAAGGGAAACUUCUUGGUUCUUAAAGCCAAAGAGCUUGGGUUACCUGUGGGCACUGCAGCCAUCGGGCCCAUCAUCGCCGCCCUGAAGGAUGGCAGAUCGGUGACCUUUGAGGGCAGGGAGAUUCACCCUGACGAAGUGUGCACCCCCGCUGACCCCGGCCACGCCUUCAUCGUGCUGGAGUGCCCCUCACUGGAGUUCGUCCAGCCCCUCUGCACCAAUGAGACCCUCCGCGGGUACCAGAGUGGUGGUCAGGUCCCUGUUGCAUUGGUUGUCCACAUGACCCCAGAAUCUGUCCUAGAAACGGAAGAGUACAAGCAGUGGAUGGAGAGGUUCGGGCCCACGACAGAGCACCUGAUUCUAAACGAGCACGUGAGCACCGUUCACAAUGUGCGGAGCCAUAAGAUUCAGACCCAGCUCAACAUGAUUCACCCUGAAAUCUUCCCAGAGCUAAAGACCUACAUGGCGAAGGGAUCACAGGCCGCCAUCCAUGCGCCCAGCGUAAGAGGCGAGUGUCUGCUGAAGUUCCAGAUGAGGCCCAAGGUCGAGUGGCAGAGGGACGCCAUCCCCACAUGUGACACGGACGAGUUCGCGAGGGAGGCUAUGGCGCUGCCCGACUUCCUCGGCGAGCUGGAGGAGUGGAGGAGGCUGCAGGCGGCAGACGGAGGCCCGCGAGAUGGAGGAGCUGGGAAGUACCCGGAGCUGGUGUUCCUGGGCACAGCGUCUUCCCUUCCCAUGAAGAUCAGGAAUGUCAGUGGAACGCUGGUGAAUAUUAGCACUAGCCAAUCUCUGCUGCUUGACUGUGGCGAGGGCACCUUCGGCCAGCUGUGUCGUCACUAUGGCGAUGAUGUGGACGAGCUCCUGACGAGGCUGUCCACUGUGUUCAUCUCUCACAUGCAUGCCGACCAUCACACGGGAUUGCUGCAUUUGUUGUAUCAAAGAGAGAGGGCUUUGGAGACUCUGGGCAAACCCUUUGCCCCCGUGUACCUGGUGGCGCCUGUUCAGAUCAUGCACUGGCUCCAGCAGUAUGAUGAGCACUGUCAGCCCAUCCUCAAGCAUGUCGCCAUCAUCCCGUCACGGUUCUUGGUCGAUGGGGGCGUGGAGCCCAGUGAUGAGACUAAAUCUCUCAUCCAGGCAAUGCUGAAGAAAUCAGAGCUGGAAAAGUUGCAGACGUGCAUGGUGCCGCACUGCAGGGGCUCCUUCGGCUGCAGCCUCCAGCAUCCCUCCGGGUGGAAGAUCGUCUUCUCAGGAGACACCAUGCCGUCCGAAGCCCUGGUCCAGAUGGGGAAGAGCGCCACUCUGCUGAUCCAUGAGGCCACGCUGGAGGAUGGGAUGGAGGAGGAAGCCAGGGAGAAGCGUCACAGCACGACAUCUCAGGCCAUUGACAUCGGCAUGAAGAUGAACGCAGAGUUCAUCAUGCUGAACCACUUCAGCCAGAGGUACGCCAAGAUCCCCCUGUUCAACGCGGACUUCAAUGACCGGGUGGGAAUAUCCUUCGACCACAUGAAGGUGGGUCUGGGUGACGUGGACAUCAUCCCGAAGAUGGUGCCCUCGCUGAAAGCUCUGUUCGCGGAGGAGAUCGGCGAGAUGGAGGAGCGGAGGGAGAAGAGGGAGCGGCGAGACCUGCGGCAGAGGGAGGACGCCGAGACUGGGAACGGGAGCAAACGGGAGCUGGAGGAGGUCAGGCAGGAGAAGGAGAGCAAAAGGCUGAAAGCCAGCUAGCGUGGUGGGACGAGUGCAGUGACGGCUGCAUGCUUAGCACACAGAAACUUGUUAGUUGAACUAAUGAUGAUGACAAAUGAAAUGGAUGUGACCAGAUGCAUUUAAUUUAAGCUGAUAUAUAUUGCUUGCAGAUUCUUCAUAAUUUUUAUUUUGUGGCUUGUUAAUAAAGCAAAUUCAUUUA